AAACUCGAAAUCAUCAAAGCAUCGAAACAUGUGGCCCAGGAAUUUCUUUGUACUCCUUUUUGUAGCUGUGCUUUUAAUCACUAUAGCUAUGACUCAAGCUCAGCCUGAUGAGCCAGAUGUGUCUGUUGUUGACCCAAUACCGCCUACAGAGCCUACACCGGAAACUACGAGACCUACACCGCGAACUAGGAGACCUACGCGCCCGACUGGGAGACCUGUACUCCCUCAAAUAGAUAACCUACGCCUUGAACUAGAAGAUGUACGCCAACAGCUAAUAGGCCUACGUGUCCAACUAGGAGAGCUACUCUUAUCACUAGCACCCCCUCCUACUAGGAGGAGACCAAGCGCAUUUUUUCUAUUACCAGGCAAAAUCUUUACGAGAGGCGAAAAUUGA